AUGAACCUAAGAUUUGUUAAAAUACUAAGAAUCCUAAUUAGAGCAAAAAAGAUUACUGCUACAAAAAUGCUAAUAUGUUCAUUUGUUAUGAAAUAUUAAAAAAGACUUGAUACCAGUAAAAUUUUUUGUAAAGUACCAAGCCAAGAUUUUACCUGGAUAUUGUAUUGUAGAAUUAGAAGUAACAUAUUCUACUCAUACACAACAAGAGCCCGUAGAACUGGAAUAUGUAUUUUCAAUUAAUGAAAAUGCAGCUAUUACUAAAAUGGUUGUAGAGUUAGGAGAAACAAAAGUUUAUAGUGUAAUAAAGGAGAUGGAAAAGGCUAAAUAAGAAUAUCAGGAAGGGCUAGCGUAAAGAUAGACUAUGGCAUCUAGUGGUUAGGAUAUGAAUUUUCCUUAAAUAAAGAAAGUGAAAAUAGGAUAAAUUGAACCAAAUAAACAAUUGAAAAUUAAUUUUGAAUAUAUCCUUUACUUUUUUCAUCUGAUGAAGUUAAUUUACCUCGUGCCAAGAUAUACUAAUAAUGAUGCCUUGUAAUAUUAAAAAUAUUGUGCUAACAUUCAUUCCAAAAUUUAAUGA